AUGGAUCACCACGUCAAACACGCCGCCCACGAAGGCCACGACCAUUCCCACAUGGACCACGCAAAUAUGAACCAUACGGCCGAAGAGACCGGCGAAAUGGAUCAUUCUCACCAUCAUCACCAUCAUCACCACCAUACUCCAGAAGCAAACAAUACCAACAGCACCACAAUGGAUCACUCCACAAUGGACCACUCUUCGCAUAACCAUGCCGGUCACGAUCAUGCUUCAAUGAUGCACGGUGCCGCUGGUGGGCCAAUGUGUAAGAUGGAUAUGUACUGGAACUGGUACACCAUCGACGCCUGCUUUUUGUCAAAAUCAUGGCACAUCACUUCCGCCGGGAUGUUCGCUGGUUCUUGCAUUGGUAUCGUCUUUCUCGUCGUGUUGGUAGAGGCACUUCGAAGGUGUGCUAGAGAAUGGGAUAGAUAUAUCGUUAGAGACUGGAAGAAACGGGCUAUUACUGCCGCUGAGGGCGUUAACGUCACCAUCCCCGAUACCAAUACCAAAGAUACCACGACCGGCUGUUGCUCAUCCACUCCCGCAGAAACUGCUUCAUCGUCUAGUAGCCAAAAAGGAGGCCUAGUCACCAAAUCUUCCGCUGCUACUACUAAGAGAUCCUUUUUAUCCCGUCUAUGUCCCUUCACCACAUCAACAAAGUCUUUGAUAGCAACACCACGACCAACGAUUGUUCAACAUUUGUUGAAAUCAUUGAUCUAUGCGGUAUUGCUAGGCGUUGGGUAUAUUCUCAUGUUAUUGGCAAUGUAUUAUAAUGGAUAUAUCUUCUUUUGCUUGGUGAUCGGGGCUUGGUUGGGGAACUUUUUGUUUGGGAUAGAUACAUGUGUGCUAGACGAGAGCGUGGUGGGAGCAGAGAGGGGGUGUGGGUGUUAG